AGUUGGGUGUGUCCAUUUCCUGCGGUUCCCCGACGAUAAUCAUUAACCGAGACCACUUAGUUUCAAUUUCACUCUGCAGUGGAACGGAUCUACGCAAUGUUUGGUAUCGGGGCUUGGAAAGGUGUUUGGCAAGUGAUGGCUCCUUGUGAAGUUGCGUGUAAAUGUUUGGGAAUAAUUCCACUGUUUUUGGAUAGUAAACUGCCGCUUUGGAAACAGUGGGUAAAUGUUGGACAUCUUUUGCUGACAUUUGGGUUGAUAGUUCGUGCGAUUUGGCAUUGUUUACCCAUGGAACUUAUCUUGAAUCUGGGAUCAACAGUAGUUCAACACAGUGGAGCACUGAUGACAAUUGUUUACUACGCUCAACCUUUUUGCGGUGUCAUAACGAAUCGCUUGGUUGCAACGCAGAUUUUUGAAAUUCAAGGAAACAUCGACCUGGUUCAAAACAGGUUUAAAUCGUUAGGGUACGAGUUAUGCUUCCGAAAAGAGCGUUAUGCCAUUAUCGUAUCAACUUUUAGUGCAUUCUCAGGAACUUCAUACUUACUGUUAUUGUUCAAAGUGUACGGGAUAAUGAUUGACGUGGAGUACACCAUAGAAACAAUAUUUCUAACCCUGCACUGCUCGAUGACCUGUGUUUACGUUUCUUGCAUGACAUAUCUUAUCCUUAAACAGUUUAUUUCGGUCAACGCGUUAAUCAGUAAGACCUUCCCAACGAACAAAGUUUCAAGUGUGGAAACUACAAAUUCUACCAAAUGCAACAAUGUAUCUCACUACAAUGAAGAGCAGCAAUUGGUGAAUCUGAAUGAGAUCAAAAUGAUCAUGGAUAAGUUGAAUGAAACGGUAGAUUUAGUGAAUCACACAUUUUCAAUACAGGUGCUAUAUUGCGUUGGGGUGAGCUUUGUCAUUGGGAUCGUCUGCUCAUUUUAUCUAUUUAGAGCGGUUAUCUACCGCAAUGAUCAGCUUGCCAUGGGAGCCAUAAACUUCAUCUGGUACAUGUACUAUCUAUCGUUUGUCCUAUUCUUCAUAGCCAUUGGAAGCCGAAUAUCGCAAGAGGGUCGCCGCAUUGGAAUAACCGUCCACAAAGCAAUUAACUUCUGCAACACAUCAGGAACAGUUAUCAACGAGUUGAUCAUUUUCUCCCAGCAAUUAUUGCACCACAACCCGGUUAUUACGUGCGGAUUGUUUGUCUACGAUUGGUCACUUUUAUACACGAUGCUUGGAGCCACUGCCACCUAUCUCAUCAUCCUGAUUCAGUUCGAUGUUUCCUUCCCUAGCUUGGAUGUGGGUAACUCAACGACGUCUUCGCUGUAGGAAGUAGACUAAUUAUGUGUGUUGAAAACUCAAAAAUUGUUCGUGUUUCAGUUAUUUUUAAGUGUAUAAAUGUCAAAUAUGGCUGUUCAAAUUGUCACAAUCUUUAUGAAAAAUUCUAUGUACAUUAAACCGCUCUAAUUUCAA